UCCCAGGCGUGUGCUGCCCUUCCCUCCCGUUCUUUUUCCAAUUGAAUCGAAGCCGUGGGAAGCAGCCCAAGCUCAAUGUGGGCGUGCGCAGUUUUGGGCCGGGGUCUCCGAGAACAUUCUUCAGCCGAUCCUCCCCAGAUGCGGAGUUGCGGAUGGCUGCCGCCCCGAGGCCGAACUCUGCAUAUUGAUGGAAUCCAGUUACGGACCGGAGUCCGGUUCGGCGUCUCAGGAGCAUCUCAUCACUCUACACUUCCCCAAGAGACUUAGUUCGCAUGCCAAUAAACUUGGGUCGCCUAACCAACAGUCACGGUUGCCGACCGAUUGGUUGAUCCACAACUCAACAUCAUCGAGGCACCCAACUCGACCCAUUCCUCGGAAUGCCAUCUUCUUUGACAUGCUCGAGACAUGUAUGGAAUACCGUGGCUGUGUGAUGUCAUCUCCACUGAGCCCGUCCAGGACUUCAAUGCGCUGGGUAACUACGGAGUACGAGGUAUGUACUUGCGCUGCCGCAGCGAUGCAACAGAAUCCUGAAGGGAAACCCACUCAACACGAGAGGCUCCUAAUCCAAUCGCCGGCUCACCUGCAGCAGUGCACCGCCGGGGGAAGGCGAGCUGAGACUCGCUUCUCUGUAGUGUAAGGGUUGCCGCCUUACAGAACACGUAUGGUUUCUGCCGCUUGUGCAUCAGCUUCGAUUGGUCGAGCCAUUCAAUUCUCGUCCUACUAUGUGUGCAGAUUCCAUACUUGCCUUUUGAAACAUCCAGAGGUGAAGAAAGGUAUCUGGAUGCCAUCGAUCGGACAAGGCCGAGUCCGACCAGCCACCCAAAAUAGGUCUCG